UCACCCGGGGUCCAAGUCCGGUUCCCGGUCUGGGCAGUCGAGCCGUUUUCUUAUCCCACAGUGGGCAGGGUGGCUAGGGAGUGUGGUGCUGCCCCGGUAUCCACGGUGUGGAGCAGGAAGUGGGCUUCCAGACUCCCAGUAUCCCCAGUAGGAUCUGCUUCUGCUCGGGAAGGGCGGUGGCCGUCCCAUUACUCAACCCUCAUCGCACUGGCCCUCCCAGUUCCCUCCCCUCAGUGGGCAAACAAACACACCAGCGCGUGACUCGACAGACUCGAAAACAGCUUCAUCUACUCAGAAAAGUUGUUGAUUUCCUAUCUCCUUAAACGUUCCCACUUCCACAUACCGGAGCUCCUUCCCACCUCGGCCUACUCAAUCAUGAGAUCGGAGGCGGGAGAUGGGUUUAAAAACAAAACCUUGGGUGGGUGCAGUUUACUUUUGGGUGGACGUGUUGACACGUUUUUGAGGCCUUACAUUCGCUUAAUAUCACAAUUUCCGCAGUAGCCUUAAGUUUAAAAGUUCAAAUUACACUACAAAAAAAACAAAAAACCCUGAGUUUCUCUUCCUUUUCAUAGUUCACCCACUGCUAAAUGUCGUGUAUCCUUUCAGACGCUUUUCAUAUGCAUUGCUGAGUGUGUAUAAUCUCUCCUUCUAAAAGGCAACUAGGAACAGCUUCCUGUUGUGGGUUUCGUUUUAUUCACAUUAACUUCUCCAUUGCUACGGAAAGGUCCUACUGGCUUGUUCAUCCUCAGUGCGGCGUGCUCCCCUAGGAAGUGUCCCCAUUUGCCUAGGGCUCAGCUCUGGGACUUGGUCACGUUCGGUGAGACCAGGAGUUCGAGUCCGGCUCCUGUCCGCGGGUCGGCGCGGGAGGCUGGGCUAGACUGGAGGCAGGAAGUGCCAGGCGCUGACUUGCGGGCGGCACCCCAGCGGCUUGUAGACGCCGGGCGGACGCGGCACAGGCGGAGUACGCGCCUCGCAGCCGGGUCUCUUUUGCUCCGCGAGGGCGGCGACUGGCGGUGCGAUGGACCUGACCGGGCUCCUGCUGGACGAAGAAGGCACCUUCUCCCUCGCGGGCUUCCAGGACUUCACGUUCCUCCCAGGACACCAGAAGCUGAGUGCCCGGAUCCGAAGGAGGCUCUACUAUGGCUGGGACUGGGAAGCCGACUGUAGCCUGGAGGAGCUCUCCAGCCCGGUGGCAGACAUUGCUGUGGAACUGCUCCAGAAGGCAGCCCCCAGCCCUAUUCGCCGACUCCAGAAGAAAUACGUAGCUCAUGUGUCCCGGGAGGCAUGCAUCUCCCCAUGUGCUAUGAUGCUGGCUCUGGUGUACAUUGAACGGCUCCGCCACCGAAACCCAGACUACCUGCAGCACGUGUCAUCCUCUGACUUGUUCCUGAUCUCCAUGGUAAGAUACCCCCUCCCCGUCUCUCUAGAGAGCCAGGAGCCUGCUGUGAAUUCUGCUCCACCACUUCUGGUUCUUCUGCAGAUGGUGGCCAGUAAGUACCUCUAUGAUGAAGGGGAGGAGGAGGAGGUCUUCAAUGAUGAAUGGGGAGCUGCUGGGGGUGUGGCCGUGCCCACUCUCAAUGCCUUGGAGAGGGGCUUCCUGAGUGCCAUGGAUUGGCAUCUCUACACUGACCCUCGGGAGAUUUUUGAGGUGCUGAGCUGGUUGGAGAGCUGUGUGGCUGAGCAGCAGGGACAGCGGCGGGGCUGGUAUACCUACACAGACCUGUGUGUGCUGCUGGAGCAGCCAACCUGGCAGUUGGCCCUGGCCUCCCUCUGCCAGCGGCUGGUAAAGCUGUCCUGCCUGUUAGCUGUGGCAUAUGUGAGCAGUGUGGCCCUGGCUGUGGCAUCGGUGGCCGUAAUACAUCAGUCCUUGGGGCUGUCCUGCACCCCUGCACCUGGGCCGCCUGACCUUGGACUGACCUCCCAUUGCCUCCUGGAGCCCUGCAUACCUUCUGUGCCACAAUGCCUGCCGUCUCCCGCUAAUGUCUCCAGCUGCCUGAAAGGCAGCACAGGGCUGCGGUCACUCUGGGGCAGUCUUCUGGCCUCACUGACUCCUCCACCAUUGCCUCCCCCAGACCCCCCUGCCCCUCCCACUCUUCUUCAUAAUUGCCACCUUUGCCAGAAGCUCCAGAGAGACUCCCUAACCUGCCAUGCCUGCCAUCACCCCAACCAUACAGUCCCCACUGUCCUAUCCAGCCCCUGGUACCAUACCUAUGGCCUGGCUCCCCACUGGCCUUGGAGCCCGGUGCCCCCGUCACUUCCUCAGCCUCAGCAAUGUUCCCUUUUCAGUGUCAUGGAGCUGGCUCGCCUCAAGUCUUUCAUUUUCCCAGGCUAGGUAGGGCUGCGAGGAAUGCAUUAAGAGGGUUUGGGAGUUUCCGAGAACCUGGAGGAGCAAAGCUUGAUUUAGAACCUGUCUGCCUCUCUGGGUCCUUGGCAGGUCCCCUGUCCUCCUGGGUGGGAGCUUACGGGGUGGUGGGGCAGAAGGACUGAAGGUCACUCCUAGAUCUCAGUGGCUGGCUGCUUGGCCAGGACAGUGAUGGCGCCAGGGAGAACUUCUGCUUGGUGACCAGGGACAUGUCCCAGAUGGACACAGGAGAAGCCCCUCUCUGCCUACCUGGGAUUUUCUGGGCUUUGACUUUUGAGUUCUCUAGGAUGGAAGGGUAUAUGUGGGAGAUAAGGGAAGUGGGGUGAGAGGAGAAAGGAUAUGUUGGCAUGGGCCCGUGUGAUGUCCCUGAAGCAGAAGAGCCAGGGACUGAUGGGGUCAGGUGGGAGCUGCUGGGUGAGGCAGGGAACCUUUUCACUCCCAUUCCUUAGCUUUAGUCUAAUGGAGCCAAGGACUGCUGGGACCUUCAACCCUGACCUUUUGUCAUCCAGUCUUCUCUUAGUGUCCUGCUCCUAGGUUCCUUUCUCUUCUGGUUCCUCUCCCGGGUGUUCUCUUCCCAGGCCUCUCUGGCCACUGCUUUGUAUCAGGGUUUUUCACGCUUUUGUAGAACUGAGGUUUCAAUAAACAGUUUCAGUUGCAUGGCCUGGACUUUUCCUUCUGCGGCAGCCCUUGAAGAUCUUUCCUCCCUGUGUCUGCCAUCCAAGCCUCCCUGCUUCCUGAUCCUGUCAUCUCACAAACUCUUUUCUCAGCCUCAUCUUAGGACUUUCCUAUCGUUUGAUAGGCAUAGCCUCCCAUUUCCAACUUUGUUCCUGCUCCUAGGACCCUGGGCCCUUAGUACUGCUCAACUUGGGGUGCCAUGGGACACACAGGGUGACUGUCCUGUGCCUGAGUUGGCCGUCUGUCACUUUUUCUGGGUGAGCACUCUCCUUGUGGAUCCCGAAGCACAUCUCGUGGAGAGUGGCCAGGCCUUGUAUCCAGCAGAGCCUUGUGAGCUCCUGAAGGCAAGCCACCAGGACACUUCUCUCUCCUGACCUCCUAACUGGUCUGACACAUGGUGAUGGUCACAUGGUGCUUAACAAUUCCAAGAACUUGAAGAACUCCAAGGCUGGGUCGUCACUGGAAGAAGGAAAACAAUCUGGGCAGCUUGGCUGAGGGUAUUUGGGACUGCUGAGGAUCCUUCUUGGAGGAGGUGGUUCUGCCCCCUCGGGAGCAUUUUGGAAAUUUAUGGGCCAUUUUUUCAUUGUCAAAAGGAUUCGAGGGAAUGCUACUGGCAUUUCAUCAACCUGGGCGGGACGCUAGACAUCCUGAAAUGCUCGCUAGACAUCCUGAAAUGCUCGGACCUCCCUUGCUGUGAAGAAUUCCCAAGACAACUUUUGAAUGACUAGCUUUAUGUAUAUGAAAACCCUAUUUAUCUGAGCCUAGAACGAUCUUUGCACAUGUAAACGUGAAAUAGUGUUUGUAGCAUUCUGAAAACACUCAGUUUGCUAGGAAUUCAUUCCCUUGUAAAUUAAAAUGACUUUGUUUUGCUUGGCA